AUGGGUUCUCUUCCCUCAUCAUCACGACCGUCAGAAAAUUUCCUUUGCAAUUAUCAUAUCUGCGUUGUGUUCUGCCCAAGAGAACCAACCUCAAGUGGUUGUGUCACCAACUGGAUAGAGCUAUUCAAUCCAUCCAUUAACACGUGGACCGAUGUCGGCUCUAUUCCUGGCCUCAUGGAUGACCAAGUUUUGAAAGGCUUUUCCAUGGUUUUCUUGAGAGACUCAAUUUAUAUCAUCGGAGGCCAAGUUUGUCACAAGGAGAGGGUUCAUGUAUCCGACGAUAUCGCUGACUGGGUUGAUGUAGGCGUCCAGGUUGUACCUACAGUGCUACGUUACGACUUCCAAAGCAGCCAGUGGUCGAGCUGUGCACCUCUGGGUGUGGCAAGGUAUGAUUUUGCCUGCACAGUUUGUGAAGAUAAGAUCUACGUGGCAGGGGGGAAGUCCAUGCUGGCGAGCGCCAGGGGCAUCUCGUCAGCUGAGGUGUAUGAUCCAAACACUGACACGUGGACAACGUUGCCUAAUUUGCGCAUAUUGCGAUACAAAUGUGUGGGGGUGACGUGGCAAGGAAAAGUGCACGUGAUUGGAGGUUUCGCUGAAAGAGAGGAUUCAGACAGAACAGUGCCUAGCCUGGUGGAGCGAAGCUCUGGUGAGGUGUACAACACGAAGGAGGAGAAGUGGGACCUGAAGGUGGGGAUGUGGCAGCUGGAUGUGCCACCUAAUCAGAUUGUGGAAGUGAAUGAGACUCUUCUGAGCUCAGGAGACUGCUUGAAUGCAUGGAAGGGACAGGUUGAAGCAUUUGAUGGGAAGCUUUGGAAUGAAGUUGAUGGGUCCCGCAAGCAGAGUCUUUCAACGUUAGAAGCGAAUCAGAGACUUUACCUAACCAUGGCUCCAAUAAGGAGUGAGUUAUAUUUUCUGGCAGGUUAUGGUACAGUAGGAGGGCAGGAAGCAGGAAGAACAACGUCUGUUGUUCACAUAUUCGACACGUCAGCAACAGGGGAUGCAUGGAGGAGCUUCGAGCCAAUGGAAGUAGAAGGAGAGAGAGAGCUUUGCGGCCAUUGCUGUGUUGUCCAGCUCUCAUGA